AUGUCGUCAAGUGUGAGUCAAGGGUUGCAAUCAUGCCUGGAGGUAAGGGUGGUGGAACCACGUUUUUUGAGUCUGAAACUGGCUCCACCUAAAUCAAAUUCCCCUGCCUCCAUUGCUCCUACUAACGAGGAAAAAGACGCCAAGCUCAUAGGCAAUCAAAAUAUGGAGAUGGGGGGCUGGAGUUUCCUCCACUUCCUCUCCAACGCCAAUGAAUAUUCUACCCAAAAUGACAAUGUAUACGUGCAUCCUCUGGUAAAGCAUUCAGCUUCUAUCCUAAGUGAAAAAAGCCUUGAAAUGUGCACCGAGAGAUUAGGUAGUGAAACUGGAAGUGAUGUUAGCGACAUUUCCUUGCUUUCAUUACAAACCGGGGUUUACAAUCCAUCGAAUUCCAAACCAAGGGAAAGUUCAUUGAAACGAAAAACGAGUCGUAUCAACACCUUCCCACCUCCAUUAACAUCCAUUACCGGUUCCAAUGGCGUCCAAGUCAAGUCUCACCGAGAGGGUGGCCGUUUGGUUCUUCAAGCCGUUACUAUCCCUCCUUGCCAUACGUACUUCCAUGCAGAACGAAGUGAAGGCAGGCUUAGGCUUUCACUUUUCAAGGAUGUCACCGAUGGUUUCCACAGCGAAGGCGGCGAAGAGGAAGUCCGAGAGGACCUUGUAGAAAAAGAAGAUGAUGAUGAAGAUGAUGAAGAUGGUGAAAAUGAUCAAGCGUUAGAAGGUGAAUUCAAAGAAGAAACCAUUAUGAGGGAGGUGAAGUUAUGGAAGGAAAUAGUGGGAGUACUGGGGCUGAAAUUGAGACAAGGAAAUUGGCUAGGCCAAGCCGAUGCAAAGAAAGUGGGCGUAGGCACAAAGUGUUGCUUAAUUGGCAGCCAUUGUUGGUGGGGUGACAACUUGAAAGCUAAAAGUUGGAAGGUUUCUCUCAACCCCAGAGACAAUAAUUACUAUGAUUGGAUCCCCUAA